AUGAAUUACACAGAGGAACACGUCGCCAUGCGGCCCCACGCCAGGCAGAUCCGGCAGCGCGAGCCUCGCAUAUCCAACGUCCGCAGAUUCUGGACCCUCGCCGCUGUCGCGUCUGGCCUGCUCUGCAUACUCCUCUUCCUGCUUUCUCUUCUCAGCGUGGCGUGGAUCAAGUUUCAAGAAGAACGCAACGCCCACCCUGAGCCCACGAAGACUGCCGUUCCAACUUCCAAGAUAGGAGUCUCCGUCACCCCCACUGACAAGGACCGCCCCGUCACUCGUCGGGAGUUGAUGGUUUCUCUCAUGACCGCGGACUAUGAAGAUGAAGAUCACUGUGUAUCCUGCACGGAGGCCUUGCUGGAUCUAGGUGAAUGUCUCCACCGCUCAGAUUACAAGGAGGCGUGCAGAGCCGAGCGGAAGCUCUACAAGAGAGUGGCAGGCAACUGGCAGGAGGAGGUCGCCGCCAUUGUGGUCAACGAUGCAGCUGCACUGCCGCCUCCCGCGGACAAGGACCCACUGGUUGUGUGCGUGCACAAUGAGGAGUGUCAUGUUGCCUUCGAGAUGUUGAUGGAGUGUGUCAAGGUUCGGAUGCUGAAUCCGGCGCUGAGCUGCGAAGAUCAGAAGGAGGUGCUUAGGGAUGCAGUCAAGAAGGCUAUCGCGGAAGACCAAGAGGGGAUGUGA